UUGAUGUGAGAGAAGUGUCAGUGUACUCAGGAGUGUGUACCCAAAUCUUCAGAGAGGAGUUUGGGCUUCACCUGGGGAAGGUGUUCAGCUCUGUACAUCUGAGUGUUCAGGAGUUUCUGGCUGCUCUAUACGCAUUUCUCUCCUUCAUCAGCAGAAAUGUAACAGAACAACAAACCACUGAUCUGUCUGAUCUUCUCACCAAGUCAGACACGUCUAAUGUCCUCAGGAGUGCAGUGGACAACGCCUUACAGAGUGAGAACGGACACCUGGACCUGUUCCUCCGCUUUCUUCUGGGUUUCUCACUGGAGUCCAAUCAGACUCUCUUACGAGGCUUAAUGCCACAGACAGGAAGCAGCUCUCACAGCAAACAGGAAACAGUCGAGUACAUCAAGGAGAAGAUCAGUGAGAAUCCACCUCCAGAGAAAUCCAUCAAUCUGUUCCACUGUCUGAAUGAACUGAAUGAUCAUUCUCUAGUGCAGGAAGUACAAACUUACCUGAACAGAGGAUAUCUCAGGUGUCUCAGUGGAACCAGACUCUCUCCUGCUCAGUGGUCAGCUCUGGUGUUUGUGUUACUGAACUCAGAACAGGAGCUAGAUGUGUUUGAUUUGAGUAAAUAUGACCCAUCAGAGGAAUGUCUUCUGAAGCUGCUGCCAGUGGUCAAAGCCUCCAGAAAAACUGAUCUGUGUGUGUGUAAACUGACAGAGGAAAGCUGUAGAGUUCUGUCCUCAGUUCUCAGCUCAAGCUCCUCCAGACUGAGAGAAUUGGACCUGAGUUACAAUAAACUGCAGGAUUCAGGAGUGAAGCUGCUCUCUGCUGGACUGGAGAAUCCACACUGUACACUGGCGAUACUGAGGAUCGAACUCAGGCGGUGCCGCUCCGUGAGUCAGGUCGGGCAAGCCCAUGCUCGGUUCUACUGAACGGCUUGUGUCAACAAAGCCUAGAAAGAACAAGUGUAAAACAGUUACGGUCGCUCAGGUCCAUACUCCGACUGACGAAUGUUUGAGAGACAGAGGUUUAGUGACAUCUACAAAGCCUAAGCGAUCAAGAUAUUCCCCAGGGUCGACAGACGAGUCAGUUGUGAAUGAACGUGCUGCCGCUGAACCGCAUGCUAUAGACUCCGUUUUGAGCUGGGAUCGCGAAUUGUUAGAAUCGAGGGACCAUUGUGCAUUUUCCCGGCUCCUGGAGAAACGCGUGCCAGUGAAUGUCUAACUGCGGGAGAGGACGACUCUGAGGCUCUACCUUCAAAUCAAGAAGAUUACGGUCGCGAGUUGCCGGCUAUUAUAGACAACAACAGAGCCUUAUCUGAACUGAUACGAUCCGGGUUCAAGACCAUCGAGGGGCAUAUUGUGUGGAUUGAAAAGAGUUUUGCUGUCUUCGGAGAGCAUCUGGACAGCCUUGAGAAGAAACAGCGUUUUUAUAAUCAAUCUGUGACGGAUACUUUACAAUGACACACCAUCACGCAUAAACAUAUUAUAGCUACCCAGAGGCUCCUUGCUGGGGAGAUUCGCUGCACUGGCCAUGACCAAUAUCUGAUAACAGAGUUGUAACUGCAGAACACUGUGGGGUAUUCAGUACAGCAAAAGAUAGGGUUUAAUGACAUCACACGGUUUGAACGGUUGUUACACAUUAAAAUAGUGGUGUUCCAUAACAAAUGCAAAUAGGACAUCAGUACAUAGCUCAGUGUGAUGUCACUAAAUACUGUCAGAAAUAUAAUAGGCGAUAUCAUGUCAACGGAUCCACCCCAAAACAACACGUGUGCGCAGCAG